CCCGCGAGGGGGCGUGGCACACCCGGGGUUGGGGGCGGGCUAGCACGUGUUGGGCGCGCAAGCGCUCGGUGCUACGGCUGACCAUUGAGGUGGCGGCCAUGGGGCGUUCGAGUUGGCGGUUGGUGUUCGCUGCUGGCGCGGGUCUCGCGCUGGCCCUAGAGGCACUGCCGUGGCUGAUGCGUUGGCUGUUGGCUGGGCGGCGGCCACGGCGCGAGGUGCUCUUCUUCCCCUCACAGGUGACCUGCACGGAGGCUUUACUGCAGGCCCCAGGGCUGCCCCCCGGGCCCUCCUCGGGCUGCCCGUGCAGCCUCCCGCACAGCGAGAGUUCGCUGAGCCGCCUGCUGCGCGCGCUCUUGGCCGCCCGCUCCAGCCUGGAGCUCUGCCUCUUCGCCUUCUCCAGCCCGCAGCUGGGGCGUGCAGUGCAGCUGCUGCACCAGCGCGGGGUGCGCGUGCGGGUCAUCACCGACUGCGACUACAUGGCCCUCAACGGCUCUCAGAUCGGCCUGCUGCGCAAGGCAGGUAUACAGGUACGGCAUGACCAGGACCUCGGCUACAUGCACCAUAAGUUUGCCAUUGUUGACAAGAAGGUGCUCAUCACUGGCUCCCUCAAUUGGACCACACAGGCCAUCCAGAACAACCGUGAGAACGUUCUGAUUAUGGAGGACACCGAGUAUGUGCGGCUGUUCCUGGAGGAGUUUGAGCGCAUCUGGGAAGAAUUUGACCCUACCAAGUACAGCUUUUUCCCCCAAAAGCAGCGAGGGCACUGACCUACUUCGGCUUGUUCAGUCUUCCAGCUUGUUCUGAUGUUCCCUCCUGCUUUGCAUGAGCCUUUCCUGGCUGGCUGGGGAGCAGCUGAUAGUCUUCCUGUGCAUGCAUCCCCACCAGAGGUUAGGAAGGAGGGGACAGUGUUGGACGGUGCUGUAGGCCAUCCUAGUAGUUGGCUAGAUAGGCAGCAUCCUCUUCUGGGCAUCAUUAGACGUGCCUCCUAGUAUACUGACCUUCAGCAGCUGGCAUCGUCUCCCUGCAGUGUCAGUCACUGGUGAGCACUGCCAGUUGGCCAUGCCUGUACCUGUGCCAGGCUUUUCCACGCCCCUCCCAUUUAGAGCAAUGCUGUGGACUCAGGAGUGGCCUCACCUCUAGCACCUUUGGUGACUCCAUGGACUCACUCAUGACUUUUUGCUCAGUAGUGGAUCAGAGGUUGAUGUCAAAGGGAAUAUUGGAGCUAUGCAGAUUGCCCGGCUGCUGCAUCCGCUCCAGUGGGCAUUUACAGGAGUCGAGGAACUGCUUCUCACAUGGAUCUGUGACAUGCUUCAAGUUAUUUUAUGUAUUACUUUUUAAUUUUCUAUAUUCUUUGUAUAUAUUCCAAAUGACUUCCCCUUUCCUGGUUUCUCCCUCCCCAUAAAUCCCAUAAGCCCUCUUCCCUCAAGUUAUUUUUUUUAUAUGCAUGUGGUGAAGUGACAUGACUACAGCUUUGUCAUUGUUCAUGCUUGUGGGCGUGACAAGCUCCACAUGGCUCCCUAGUCUGUCUGAGUGGAUGAAGUGGCCUUCAGUUAACAGCAGAUGCCACACAAUGCAUGUUUUCUCACUUUAAAAUUUUUUUCAGGGGAGAAGGUGAGGAGGGCCUCACUUGUGUAGCCCUGGCUGGCCUGGGCUCACUAUGUGACCAGGCUGGUCUUCAGUUCAGAGCUCUGCCUGGGACAGGCAUGCACCACCAUGCCCAGCUGUUUUCGUACUCUGUAAUGUUCCUUUUACUUAGUGUUAGACAAGUAAACUUGAUGUUGAUAUUCCAAAAGAUUUAACAGAAACUGUAAAGUAUAAUAUACUCAGAAUAAGUUAUGUUGGAUAAGUUCCUAUCCUUUUGAAGCCUGUGGAUUGUUUGUACUCUUAAGAGGAAGGAGAGAGAGAGAGAGAGAGAGAGAGAGAGAGAGAGAGAGAGAGAGAGUGUGUGUGUGUGUGUGUGUGUGUGUGUAAGAUCACAAAGUGUCCCUUGAGUAACAGUGUCUUUGAGGACCCUUAACU